AUGUCCUUAAAUGACCCCUUGGGGCUGCUCAGCCACUACACGAUACGAGCGAAGAUCAUCCUGCAGAGUCUCUGGCGCAUGAAGAUGGCAUGGGAUGAACAGAUUCCUGCGGAAGAGAACGAAAUGUGUGCAGCGUGGCUGCGACAGCUACCCGACCUCACCUGCCUGCGACUGGAACGAUGCUACGCCCUGGAGGCCAGAGGAACUAUGGCCAGUCGAAGAACAAUCAACAGAAGAGGAGGAGGUCCUACUGCACGUGACCACAGAGGACCAGCAGGGCGACGAGUGGUUGCCGGAUCCUGCGCGCUUCUCCAAGUUCGAGACACUGGUCAGAGCGGCUGCGAGGUGUUGGCGUUUGUAGACAAGUGUCGGCGUCGGGCUACGGGACUGGAGCAUCGACACAUCGAGAAAGCCGAGCGCGCACUCAUACGCCGCGCUCAAAGAAACAGCUUCCAAGACGAGCUACUACGGAUGAAGUCAUCACAUCCACUUCCUAAGACGAGCCGACUGUUCCGGCUGGAUCCAGUGCUGCAGGAAGGCGUAUUGCGAGGCCGCAUAAGAGCCACCACUGCACCGCUCGAGAUGAAGCGACCCAUCAUCCUCGACGGACGCCACCGCGUUACAAAACUCAUCGUGCUACGGGAGCAUUGCGCUGCGGGUCACGCUAACCAAAGGGAGUGCGCCCUCUGCAAAGUGAGAAGAGCGAAGCCCCAGGUCCCGUCGAUUGGAGACCUGCCCCGAGCUCGCCUCGAACCUUUUCGCCGUCCUUUCACUCACUGUGGGGUGGAUUACUUCGGACCUAUGAUGGUGAAGAUAGGACGGCGUGCGAGUAGCAGAGAUCCAGACGAAGACCGGAGUCUUCAAGCGUCCCGUCACGAAGCUCGUCGUGCUCGUAGCGCUGCACCGCGGGGAGAACUGUUGCGGACGACGAGCGACGACCAAACGAGUUCCGACCGCCCCCGA